CCUAAACCACGUCCGUUGUCCUUGAUUCGGUCCACCUUCAAAUGUCUACUUCAUGUAAGGAGACUUGCCAAAUUGAAAUUUGGAUGAUUUAAAUACCUGUUCAUUGGUGAUAGUCGUUACUCAACUUCUACUGCAUAGUAGGUAAGUUCAUCCAAAUUGUGUGAUAAGCUAUUCGGGAAAGUAUCGAAAUGCGGCUCGUCAACAUGGCUUGUGGUUACAAGCUUCUUACUAGGUACAAACUUUAUCAAUAUAAAUGAAGCCAUCUCUGUUACCAUAGAUACGGUACCCAGCAAUCAUUCGUAGGUACUUAUUUAGAACAAAACUCCACCCAUUUCCUUCGACCUGAUGUAGCUUUCAAUCUCGUCACUUAAUUAUCAAGCUCAACUUGCGAAAGUUGCAUGAUCCUAUUGAUUUUUUUCAAUACUAGUCAAGAUGGAACAAAUCGAACACCCACCACCACCCUAUUCCCCGGGACCUAACGCAGCACCAUCUACAAAUCAGCCCCAGAAUUUGGAGCCAUGGCAAAGGCGAUGGAAUAGAGAGUGGUUCAAACAUGCAUUCGUAAAAAACUUUCGCAGAAAAUACGCGAAUACCAAGCUCCCUAGCAAAAACACCGGACGCGUACGAAGAAAGGUCAUCGGGAGUAUAAUUGUUACGUCAGCGCACAUCAACGAGGGUGUAACCAAUGGAGUUACCGGUGAAGAAGACGAUAUAUCGAUGUCCCGAUGGCACCGUACAAUGAAUCGACUCUUUGGGCACAUAAAGUGGAAAUAUGAAGAAUUUCUGGAAUGGCGACAAGACAGAAAAGAAGAGAAGAAGCUCUGGAAAGUCACUGCAAUCAUGGAGGACACCGGAGACAGCCCGAAGUGGAAAGGAGUAAUGACGUUCAAAAUCCCCAGAGAACAUUGGGCUAAGUUUGAUAAAGAACAUUGGUUUCAAUUCCCUUCUCCCGAGAAUAUCAAAUGGUUUUGGGUCAAAAGACCGGAUUCGAGCUAUGAUGGCGAGGACUUUGUCCAACCAUCCCACAGCCAUUGGGGGCCAGAUCUGUCUUCGUUGGACAUAGUUAUACCUUUCCGCCAAACAAGAGGAGGCGUCGUACGAAACUCUACAUUUUAUACCCCCGACCUAGGAUAUUGGAAUAAUUUUGUUGAGGGGGGUGGGAGAGCAACGUUUUUGUAAUGCUCCGGAAUUAUCCCUUUAACUGACAGUUGGCCCCGGUUAAGGACUGGAAGGGAAUUACAACUUCACAAGACCGGAUAGACCAGACCCAGAACAUAAUGCAACCAAGAGCAUGGGCGGUACAGACUUUUACACAUAAUUUACCUCGUGCCUGUUGUAUCAGCAAUACUCAAACCUACAGUUAAUGCUUCCUGUCAGAAGCUUCCUCCACGAGAGCUAGCAGUCAGAGGUAUCGGGAGUCGGCUUGUACGAGGCCGCCCUGUUGGCAGCUAGCCCUUGGCUGUAGACAAAGGAAGGUUCAUGUAUGUAUACCGCA